GCAACCGUUUUUUCAAAUCUCACCUAAAAAUUACAUUACAUUGUUUGCAAUCCGUUGUUUGCUAAAUAGAUAUUUCUUAUAUGCCUGAUUAUUGAGUGCGUUUCAUUUAUCAUUUUUAUUCCAUUUAUCAUUUUCGAAACAACUUUGAUCAGCAGCGUCUAUGACAGAAGCGGAAACAGUGGAAAUAUCAAACUCUCUUCUUUGACAUUACAGGAGUUUCAUUCAACCAAUUCAAUUUCAACUGUGUUAUCUAACCUAAAAUUGUCUCUUUAGAGACCGUUUUCCAGACUUGAUACAUAAUACAAGAUGAUAGUUUGCGUGAGCUUCGUGGUGUUCGCCGCACUGAUGAACCUGUCGUCGGUUGAAGCCGGUUUUGGUUUCGGUGGCUGUCCCAACCAAGGCGUUGUGGAUCCCUUCGUGCAACUCACGUUGACUGGUACCUGGUACGAAUUUGGCAAGUACGCAGGACUGGACCAGCUGGUGUCUAUCUGCACGGCCAUCAAGUAUACUCCGGCCUCGAACGGUCUCAUCAACGUAGAAGAAGAAGGAAUAACUUUGUUCAUGAAGGCGUCCAGAAAAGGACAAAUGAAGCGAGCUGACCCUUCACAGACUGAAGGCAAAUACUCCAUCAGCUUCUGGACAGACGCUUACAAAGGAAGGGAGAAUGACAUCACGGCUGCCAAUUACAACGUCCUGGCCAUCGAUCCUACGAGCUACGUCAUCAUCUGGAACUGCUUCGACGCGUUGCUCUUCCAUAUCGUGAAUCUUCGGGUCAUCACCAAAGACCGGGUGCCAAGCCAGAGCGUGAUCGAUGAGAUCUACAACGAAUUGAGUGACCGACAGAUCAGCACGUUUGGCUUCGCGAGAACUAGCCAACAGAACUGCUGAAGACUUGACGG